GUUGUCUCUGCACAGAGUUUCUUUAUUCUGCUGUCCACGGGCCUGGCCUGCCUCCCUUCCUCUCCUGCCCACUGAACGGUCAGAAGAGCAGCGAGUCCUUAAAGCCCUGUGCACCAGGCCUGUGCCCUGCAGAUGAGGUAGUGGCUGUCACUAUGGCCCGCAUCAUCGACGUGGUGCCCUGGGACGACGGUACUGCCCACRUGUAUGCAUCCCCGGCCAUCGUGCUCCCCAUACCGCGGCAGCGCCAACCGCUGGCCGGCGUGAAGCAGCAGCUCUACCACCCGGYGCUGCCCACCCUGCGCCGCAUGGACAUGGACUCCGUCAAGGCCUGCCUCCCGGAUGAGCACUGCCAGUCCACCACCUACUGCCGCAAAGAUGAGUUUGACAAUGCCCACUUCACACUCCUGGGGAUCCCCAAUCAACCCCUGCAUUGCCUGGACAUGACRCCCACUGGCCAGAAGCUCUGCUGCAAGUACCGUGAGGGAAAGCUGCUGCCCAUCGUACCAGGCAUCAACCGGAUCGACUGGCCCUCCUUCACCAGUGCCAUCGAGGACUGGUCCCACUUUGUGUCCACGGCUGGGGAAUUCAAGCUGCCCUGCCUGAACAACAAGGUGGAGAGGUUCAGCGGCUACGCCGUGCGGUAUUUGAAGCCGGAUGUGACCCAGAACUGGAGGUACUGCCUCAACCAGAACCCCAGUCUAGACCGCUACGGACAGAAGCCCCUGCCUUUCGACUCCCUGAACACGUUCCGGCGCUUCGGCUCCAAAUACAGCCGCGUCAACUACCUGACUCCCUGGCAUUAA